AUGACUGGGAAUCCUAAUUUCAAUUUUCAUCCUAGAUGUGAGAAGUUAGGUAUUACCCAUAUGAUGUUUGCUGAUGAUCUUCUCCUCUUUUCUAGGGCUGAUUCCACCUCUAUUCAGCUUCUCUUACAAGCUUUCCAGAAAUUCUCUUGUGCUUCUGGUCUAGUGGCUAAUUUAAGUAAGAGUGAGGUUUAUUUUGGAGGCAUCUCUGAUUAUGAUAAAGGCCAGCUGCAAACUGUUCUUGGUAUGAGUAGAGGUAGUUUUCCUUUUAGAUAUCUUGGGGUGCCCUUGUCUUCUAAAAAGCUCACUAUUGCUCAGUGUAGGCCUUUGGUUGAAAGGGUUACUGCUAGGAUUGAUUGCUGGACUUCUAGACACUUGUCUUAUGCUGGCAGGUUACAGCUUAUCAAAAGUGUUCUUUUUGGUAUUCAGGCUUAUUGGGCUCAGAUUUUCAUUCUUCCUAAGAAGAUUCUUAGGGAAAUUGAAGCCAAGUUCAGGGUUUUCCUUUGGACUGGGAAGAACACUUAUGCAAAAAAGGACCCUGUCUCCUAA